CCUUCAUGAUGAGAGAUUUUGAGAUACAUCUCUAUCCUCAGUGUAGUUGAUAGUUUGGGUGGUGAAGAGAUGGCUGACAGUGUCAAAACCUUUCUCCAGGACCUUGCCAGGCUGGAUGCUCGAAUACAGCAAAAGAGGGAGGAACAGCGUCGAAGAAGAGCAAGUAGUGUCCUGGCACAGAGGAGAGCCCAGAGUAUAGAGCGGAAGCAAGAGAGUGAAACGCGUAUUGUUAGUAGAAUUUUCCAGUGCUGUGCUUGGAAUGGAGGAGUAUUCUGGUUCAGUCUCCUCUUGUUUUACCGAGUGUUUAUUCCUGUGCUUCAGUCGGUAACGGCACAAAUUAUUGGUGAUCCAUCACUACAUGGAGAUGUUUGGUCGUGGCUGGAAUUCUUUCUCACAUCAAUUUUCAGUGCUCUUUGGGUGCUUCCCCUGUUUGUGCUUAGCAAAGUUGUCAAUGCCAUUUGGUUCCAAGACAUAGCUGAUCUGGCAUUUGAAGUAUCAGGGAGGAAGCCUCACCCAUUUCCUAGUGUCAGCAAAAUAAUUGCUGAUAUGCUCUUCAACCUUUUGCUGCAGGCUCUUUUUCUUCUCCAGGGAAUGUUUGUGAGUCUCUUCCCCAUCCAUCUUGUUGGUCAACUGGUUAGUCUCCUGCAUAUGUCCCUUCUAUAUUCACUGUACUGCUUUGAAUAUCGCUGGUUCAAUAAAGGAAUUGAAAUGCACCAGCGGCUGUCAAACAUAGAAAGGAAUUGGCCUUACUACUUUGGAUUUGGUUUGCCCUUGGCUUUCCUCACAGCAAUGCAGUCCUCAUACAUUAUCAGUGGCUGCCUCUUCUCCAUUCUCUUUCCUUUAUUCAUUAUCAGCGCCAAUGAAGCAAAGACCCCUGGCAAAGCGUACCUUUUUCAGUUGCGCCUCUUCUCCUUGGUGGUCUUCUUAAGCAACAGACUAUUCAACAAGACAGUCUACCUGCAGUCUGCUCUGAGUAGCUCAACCUCUGCAGAGAAGUUCCCUUCACCACAUCCAUCUCCUGCCAAACUGAAGGCUGCUGCAGGCCACUGACUUCACCUGCCAUCCACAGGGGAUGAGUGGGAUUGGAAGGAGGGUGUGGCAACUCUUUUCCCUUUUCACUUCCGCUUACCCUGGGGAAGGCAGGACCCACUCUGCCAAGGCCAUUUGCAUAUUCCCUUCUCUCUAAGGAGUUGGAAUUUUGUCUCUGGCGCACUUAGGCAGAAACUUCCUGACACCAGUAUGUGAAUUUUAAACACAGUGAGUCUGGAAGGACCAUGAAUUUUUCUGUAGCUUUUUUCUAGCAUUUGCUGGACCCUGUGCCUGGACUGAUUUGAAUAUUUUGUUUUCUUCCUGUGCCAUUUACCCUCCCACUUCCCCUUCCUGCCUUCCACCCUUGGAUGAGUGGAUUUUGUAAAUCUAACUUGUAAUUUGUGGAUUUGUUAUUAUUUUUGUUUUUUUGUGAAGCACACACAUUGGAUGUGGCUGGUGAAGGAGUAUCUCUGUUGCUCCUGGUCACUCCCUUUAUAGCCAUCACUGUCUUGUUUUUUUGUAACUCAGGUUAGGAUUUGUUCUCUCUUGUUCCGCUGCAAAAACAAAGAAAAAAAAUGAUACUGAAGAGGUGAGACUGGAGGAAAGACCUCACAGCCAGACCUGUUGGGGUUUUAGGAGUGAUUUUGUUAAUUUCUCCUUGAAGGGGAAAGGAUUUCUUCACUGGUACGUAAAGUACCCCAGCUACGGGGAGUUACCAAUUCUGGACAAGUGCCACUGCAACAGAAUGCUCAGAGAACCUGAACUUUAAUGGAGGACUGAAAUUUACUAUUGGCCAUUGCCGGAUUUGUCUGGUGUUUCAAAGGAAUAUUGGGUGCUGCAAAUAGGAACUAAAGGGGUAAAUUUAUUAAACCCAUUGAACCUGUGAUUUACUGGCUUUUUUCCUGUCAUUUUAAUAGACUAAAUAUGGGGUGGGGGGAAAGGAUAUAAAAACAUUUGUAUAGUUUACUACCACAAUUAAACAUCAGCUGGUUUCCCACAAAGUGU